AUGAAAGGGCUCUAUGUGGGGCGACGGGGACUCGGUACGCGGAACCUCUAUGUAUAUAUUGUGGAAACUAGUGGAGUCUACCCGGACCCCAAGAUUCAGUCUUUGAAAUCAGACCCCAUAGACUUGGACACUCUGCCUAGCCAACAGGUUCUCUGUCCUGUGAUACAGACCCCCUAA